AUAAAAAAAGUUACCGUUAAGUGCCAGAAAGGGCGCAAGAGUCGCAUAAUCGAAUGAGUUGAAAUCAGCUGAUCGAAGAACGUCAGUGGUGUUACGAAGCGAAAAGAAGAAUAAUAUUCAAUUAGCACAGUAUCCCAUAUAAAAUUUAGAAUAUUUACGAACAUUUUUCUUCUUAUGUUAAUUGAUACAUAAAAAAAAUUGAGAAGCAAAAAAUUGGAUUUUUUGCUUCUCAAUUUUUGAACAAUUUUUUGAAAAUAUUGAUACAGAAACAAAUCUUUUCUCGUGCGAGUGAAAAUAGUAAACAUUUAUUUGCGCGACUUAUAUUUGUCAUUUAUUGUUGCUACUAUAAUAAAUCACAUCAAUUGCGAUGAUGAUGCCCGGGAAAACUCCGGUACAAGAAAAUCCUUUGAGUUUGUCGUGGCACGACAGUGCCUGGAUUCCUGUUCUUAAUCCCAGUAACAUUAUGGAUUAUUUUUCUGAAAGAAGUAAUCCAUUUUAUGAUAGAACCUGCAACAAUGAAAUAGUGAAGAUGCAACGUUUGAGUCCUGAACAACUGAACAACAUGACUGGCUUGGAAUAUAUUCUUUUACACGUUCAAGAACCAAUCCUGUACGUAAUCAGGAAACAACACAGGCAUUCACCGACUGUAGCCACACCAGUUGCCGAUUAUUAUAUCAUAGCUGGUGUUGUGUAUCAGGCUCCAGACUUAGGUUCCGUUGUGAGUUCCAGAUUGUUGUCCGCAGUUCAUCACCUGCAAUCUGCGUUUGACGAAGCCAGCUGUUGUUCUCGAUAUCAUUCUAGCAAAGGUUAUUCCUGGGAUUUUAAGAACGGAAAAGCUUUAGCUGCAAAAAAAGAAGCGCCAGUGCGCGAAGAACCUAGCUCGUUGUUUCAACGACAGAGAGUGGAUAUGUUGCUUGGAGAGCUCACUCGCAAAUUCCCUUUACCAGUUCCCAAGCCAGUGCAUCAGGCAACGGAAGCUUCCAUAGAGAUUAAACAGGAAGUGAAAACCGAGAAAAAAGACAUGAAACCACCACCGGAAAAGAAGUCUAGGAUUAAUUAAAUAACAAAGACUGUAAAGUAUAUUUGUAUAAAUUUCUUAAGAUGUGUAUAAAAAUACAUGUCUUUAUAAGAUUAUGUUAAGAGGAAAAAAGUAUUAAGUUUUAUAAUGAAAUUCUACUAUUAUUAAAUUGUAUUAUAUUUUUAUGUGUUUUUCUCAG